AUGGCAGCUGGGUUUUAUCACAUGCUUGUUAAAUCCAGUGUGCAGUGUUUUUGCUGUCGAUUAGUUCUAUUUACCAUGAAGGUUAGAUGUGCCCCAUACAAACAGCAGAAGAAAUUUUGUCCCACUUGUGAAUUUGUUCUGGGCAAAGAGGUAGGUAAUAUUUCAAAGUAUGGCAUACGUGUUCAGAAGUUGGAGAAGAACCCAGCAGAGCAUGCCUGCAGGUACAAUGUGGAGGAUGCGAGGCUGCAGUCCUUUGACGGAUGGCCAUUCUAUGCCAGAGAAACAAAGCCCGAUUUGCUUGCCAGAGCUGGGUUUUUCUUUGCAGGCAAGAAAGAUACAAUGCAGUGUUUUGCUUGUGGUGGAUGUCUGGGAAAUUGGGAAGAGGAUGAUAAGCCUUGGAGAGAACAUGCUAAAUGGUUUCUCAAAUGUGAAUUCCUUCAAAGUAGGAAAUCAAGUGAGGAAAUUAAAAAGUACAUUGAAACCUACAGUGGAUUUGUUGGAGAGGAGGGGCAUUUCACAGCUUCCUUUAUCAAGGAGACUUUACUUACUGCAACAGGAGAAGGCAACAGGGUACAGUGCUUCAACUGUGCAGGUUACUGACAGGAAUGGGAAGAAGGUGAAGAUCCUAUGGAAGAACAUGCAAAAUGGUUCCCUGAUUGCAGUUCCAGGGAGCCUCUGCGUGUGUGUGCACAGAAUGAGCAGCAAAGGCAACUUAUUGUAAUUUGUCAUCCCAGACAAACUUUUGAAUGCACCACGUUUCAGAUGCUGUUGAAUGGGUACGGUGUAUGUGAUUUACAUCAGCAUGGCUGUCUCACGGUUUUUUCUCGGCACUCUGCAUCCUGCAUCAAGGUUAUGCAUCCGUGUCCUGUUGGAACGGGGCCUCAUAUCCUUGAAGUGACACUUGUUGAAAGUCAGUGUCUUCAAGAAGCAAAGAACUUGACUCAACAACUUACAAAGGCUUACAACAAUAACAGCUUCAGCAAAUUGUUUUCCUUUGGGAACUCAAACCAUUUGGCUAUUGACUUUAAAUUACUCUAUGGAGAUCUAUCAGUUGUCUCAAAGGAUAUUAAUGAUAAGCCAAUACAGCAGAUCUUUUUUCAUUAAAUUCUUGCAAACCUUAACUCUACCAUUGUGCUGGAAGGUGAAGCAGAAAGUGGAAAACCAGCAUUGCUCAGGAAAAUAGCUCUUCUUUGGGCCUCAGGCUGUGGCUCUGUUCUGAGCAGGUUUAAGUUUGUAUUUUAUCUCUCCCUGACUUACACAAGAUCUAAUCAGAGUAUGGCUGAUAUUAUAUGCAGUCAACCAGUAGGAUUUGUGAGACCAUUGAGAAACAACUUAAGAGAUGUAAUUCUCUCACUGAAAAAACAGGUCUUACUUCUUUUGGCUAACUAUAGUGAGAUUAAUUCAGUGCCCCACUCUGUAGAAGAAUUUAUACAAAGGAACCAUCUCUAUCAGCAUUGUUUGGUUGUUGCUGUCCAUACUAACAGGACAAGCGAAAUUCAGAAUAUUGACCUUGUGGACCAGCUUCUCUUUAUGCUGGAGUUUGAAAAGCCUAUGCAGACCAUUCUAAAGACACCACUUUUUAUGAAGUCUCUCACUGUGUAUUGGGUACAGCACCCAAAGGGUAACAUAAGCAGUGAUAAGCCUAUUUUUAAAGCCUAUCUGCUCUAUCACUUACUAAAAUACAGCAAAGAAAGAGAACACGUACUGGCUAUGUUUUUGUCAUGUGGUGAUCUUGCCUUAACCGGUCUUUUUAAGCCAUCCUUUGACUUCAUGGAGUCUGAUCUGUUUGAAGCAGGAGUUCAUGGAGAUGAAGCUUUCUUUCACCCCUUGUUCCAGAAGUUUCUUGCAGAGAUAGUGAGUGAGCUCCUGGUUUCUGAUGAAGGCAGGAAACUGGAGCAAGGGCUGCAGCACUUGCAGCAAAUUAACACAUUUAGAAAGGUUGCUGGGCGCUAUAAUUCUUUAUUGGUUUACACUUGCAGCGUUUCUUCCAAAGCAGUCCCCCAGAUUAUAUCCUAUUUUUUUUGAUUGGUUGACUGCAAGGAGUCCUUGGAAAGCCAAUCAGAAAAUGAUGAGCAUCUGCAGCACCAUUCAGACCUUCCAAUAAGAAUGUUCUUCAUUGACCAGUUAAGUUUUAUUGAUCCAAAGCUGCUUCUUCCAAGGGAAGAUGCUGUGUUUGAAAUGUACAUUCAGCAACAUAGUUCCUUUCAGGAGUCUGACCUCAGAAAUUUAAUGACACUGUUUUCUGUUUCUAAUUAUAUUGAACUUCAGCUGAAUAACAAUCCUGGAUUCACAGAAGUUAUCCAUCCUGCUAUUGAACAUCUUAUUGCACUUUUGUCUGGCUUCAUCACAGAACUACAUUUUUCAAAUUUGGACAAAUUCAUCUGCCUGGAGAAAUUAUCAGUGAGUCAAUGUGAGAACUGCAAUGUAUUUGAUACAAUACUUGCUGGCUUCAAAAAUCUCUAUAAUAUACAGAAAUUGUUGAUGAGCAGGAUGAAGCUUGAAAACAGCUCCAGGGUGGCUGCUGCUCUGCCCAAUUUUGUCUCUCUCAAAGUGUUGGAUCUUAAAAGCCAAUAUUUUGAUGACAAGGAAGCUUGUGAAAUCUUUGAUUUGAAAGGCCUUAUGUCUGCAGCGUACAAUUCAGGUGUUCUUCUGAACCUGGAGGAGCUCAUCCUUCCUGCAGGGAAAGGAAUGAGGUCUGCAGCCAAAAUGAUUGUGCAGCAGUGUCUACACCUGCUGUACCACAGAUGCUUCUCAUUUAUCCUAUCUCUGGACAAUGACAGCCUGUUAUAAAUAGCAAAGGUUGCAAAGUGUGGAGGUUUCCAGAAGCUUGAAAAACUGUUAGUAAAUCACCAUGUUUCAGAAACUCGUUGGAGAAAUUUCUUUAGAACACUUAAUAACAUGCCUGCUUUAAAAGAGGUGGACAUUGGCUGUAUGAUCACACAUCAGAUCAAAGCCAGUGCAUCAAUAGUGACAGCUUUUGUCCAGUGUGUUUCUUGAUUGCCUGGUCUUAUGAUAACAGUAAUGAUGGGUUGGCUCCUUGAUGCAAAGGACCUUAAAUUACUUGAUAUCAUGAAGGAACAGGAUCCUCAGUCUAGGAGUUUAAAAUUAACCAG